AUGACCACCUCUGUCGUCUCUGUCGUCGAGCUAUACAACCCCGAGGCCGAGUCAAGACUUGGAUCUCGGAUGCUUCUCGGACCUAUCGACCACAUGGUCUUUCCCACUGUUCCUACAAACGUAGUUUUCGUCUACGAACGGCCUAAAGCCAGCCCCUUGGCGAGCUUCAUGACGGCGCAAGCACUACAACUUUCACUCACACGUCUUCUCAAGCACUAUGCUCAUCUCACUGGUCGGUUUCAGCUCAACAAAAGCUCCGACACAUUCGAGAUUGGAAACUUUUCAAAAGGCGUUGUCUUUUUGCAGGCAGAAUGCGAUGCAAUCCUUACCGACAUCGCUGCGCAGAGCAGAUCGGGUCGCAUAAUCGUUGAGAACCUGCCGGGCUAUGGCAACGCUUUGAUGCCGCCGUAUGAGGCCACAAUUGAACGCAUCUGCAGGGACCCCAUCCUCGCAGUCCAACAUACUCGCUUCGCGUGCGGUGGAGUGGCUUUGGGGAUCCACCUGCAUCAUAUCGUCUGUGACGCUGGCGGCUUCUUCCAGUUCGUGCGAGCCUGGGCGACAAUCCACCGAUCCUCGUCUCUGCCAUCGCCGCCGGAUCUUAAUUACUACCCAUCAGCGCCCGAUGCCAUGUCUGUGGAAGAAAAGCGUGCCGCUCUCGAUGGCAACCCCUUGUUCUGGUACGCCCAAGAUCAGAAGCCCGAGCCGGUCCCGAUCGCGUCAAGUGCUGUUCCAGCAGAUGGGGACCCUAUCGUCGGUCACACCUUGCACUUCUCCAGUGAAGUCCUUACAUUGCUCAAGAAAAAGGCAACGAAUCCUUCCGGUCAGGGCUGGGUCUCCGCCUUUGAGUCAGUGUCAGCUUACCUGUGCCAAGCCAUCUACAGAGCUCGUCUCCGUCUGCUUGAAGCGCAGGGCGUGUCGUCGUCAUCAGCCGAUUCUCAGUUACGGCAAGGCUUUUGGGGUUCAAUCGACACUCGUGAUCCUUCGAGGCUUGGUCUGGGUUCUCCAUACUUUGGCAAUGCGUCGCUCUCCAUCCUCACCAGCAUCGAUCAUUCCAUACUUGCAGAUGGCGAGCUCUGGCAGGUGGCCGAAGUAAUCCAUAACUUGGUGCGGUCGAUGAACAAGACGAACAUGGAAAAUAACACGAAGUGGUUUGCGGCGCAGCCAGACAAGAGCCGCCUCAAGAUGGACUUCGAUUUCGGCACUGGGAAUUUUGUUGUGAGCCAGUGGUCCAGACACGAAAUGUAUUCCGGGGUGGAAUUUGAGACAGACGUUGAUGGAGGCCCUGUCGUUCCGGCUCUCGUUGCCCCUCCUUUCACGGAGGUGUCUUUGAUGGAUGGGUUGGCACUGAUGGUAUCAUCUCCACCCAAAGAGGCUUGUGAGAGUAACGAAGAUGAGGCUCCUUCGACAUCUGGGGUCCCCCAAGCCAUUGAUGCAAUUUUUUCAGUGUCUGAGAUGGUGUGGAAACUUUUGAUCGAAGAGGAGACAUUUCGAAAAUUUGGGUGCUAA